AUGAAUCUUUUUGGGCGUAAGAAGGACCCAAAAGCUCAGUUAAAUGAAAUGACUUCUGUCUUGAAGAGACAGAAAUAUCCUCUUCAGAGAGACAUUCAGACCCAUCUGCGGCAGCAGAAACAACUAGAAAUGGCUAUUAGGAAAUGUGCUAAGGAAUCCGACGUCCCUUCCGCCAAAGUUUACGCAAAAGAAUAUGCGGAAUCUAAAAAAGCUGUUGCUCGUUUAUAUCUUGCAUUAUCGCAAAUUGAUUGUGUGGCUAUGGAAUUGCGUCAUAUGGCUUCAAUGAAUAAACUAACCAGUGGUAUGCAAAAAAGUACAACAGUCAUGAAUGCUAUGUCGUCUUUAGUGAAAUUACCUGAACUUCAAUCCACAAUGCAAAAUUUAAGUAAAGAAAUGAUGAAAGCUGGUAUCAUGGAAGAAAUGAUCAGUGACACUUUCGAACCAAUCGGUUCUGUCGAAAAUACAGAUGAUUUGGUGUCUGCUGAAAUUGAUAAAGUUUUAUGGGAUCUGACGGCUGGUCAGUUAGGUAAAGCUCCGGAGCCCGCAUACGAUCCAUUCUCAGUUUCUAAAGCACAAACUGAACUCUCCGUUUUAUCAGUUCAGGAUGAUGGUGAAACAGAAGUGGAUGCACGUUUGGCUGCCCUUCGCAGUUGA